UCGACACAUUCCAAAACUGCAAACACCAAGUAUAUACAUACAAAAUACAAGAGCAUUAUUUUUUUCUUGCUUCUUAAAUCUUAAAAUAUUGGCAAAGAAUUCUCUCUACCGGUAUCAUCUCCUAUCAAAGUGAGAUUAUUCAGUGAAGAAAUACAUCAGGUGAGUAGAUUCCAUAUAUAUAUAAUAUGGCUCAUUUACAAAAAUAUUAUAUGCGUGCCAAAAGGCAAAACAAAUUCAGUCCAUACGUGAAUGUCGGUUGUUCAACCAGCGUAAUGACGGUAGGAAGUAGUGGAAAUAAACACAUUGCACCCUCAGUAAAUCUCAAUCUCAAUAAUGAUGUAAUGAGUAUUGUAAGCAGCCAAAAUGAUAUUGUUUCCAAUAAUGAUGAUGUGAUGACAGGUGCAGACAGUCAUCAGGAUAAUAGUUUGUUCAAUAUUUCCAAUAAUUCAUCUGUUCAAGGACAUGACAAUGACAAUAUUUUCAAUAAUUCAUCUAUGCAAGGACAUGAAAUACAAAAUGGUGAUGGUUUUGAUUCGGCUAUAGAUGAUGAUUCUAUUUUAUUCUCAGAUGAUAAUCAUCAUUCUAGUAAAAAGGAAAUAUCAACUCUUUCAUUAUCAAAUUGGGCAUUGAAACAUAAUGUUACUCACUCUGCAUUGAAUGAUUUAUUGGAUAUAUUGAAAACAAAACAUCCUGAGCUACCAUCUGAUGCAAGAACAUUGUUAGGUACAUCUAAAUUAGUUGAAGUGAAAUCAGUAGAGCCUGGAUAUUACUAUCACUUUGGAUUGCGAAAAUGCAUUGAAAGAAUCAUUGCCCAAAUGCCAGGUUUUAAUGAAAAAGUUAUUAAAAUUGAUAUAAAUGUAGAUGGUUUGCCAUUAUCAAAGAGCUCGAGCAGUCAAGUUUAUCCUAUUCUCUGUAGCAUUAAUAAAAGUGUAUUUGUUGAAAUGGUUGGAAUUUUUCAUGGUUACGAAAAGCCUAAAGAUGCGAAUAUAUUUUUAUAUGACUUUAUUCAAGAAACAAUUGAACUUGUUAAUAAUGGAUUAUUUUUGAAUAGUAAUUUUUAUAAAAUUAAGAUAAAUGCUUUCAUUUGUGAUGCACCUGCAAAAUCCUUCAUUACCUAUACCAAAGGACACUCUGGUUAUGCUUCUUGUACCAAAUGCAAGAUAGAUGGUCAAUACAUAAAUAACAGAAUAUGUUUUCCUGAAGUCAAAAACCUUUCAUUAAGAUCUGAUGCUGAAUUUAGAUCAAAAUUACAAGAAGAUCAUCAUAAUGGAACACCAAUGAUUGAAGAAAUACCUAACUUCAAUAUGAUUGACGGGUUUCCAUUAGACUACAUGCAUCUAAUAUGUUUGGGUGUAGUGAAAAAACUACUUGUCACUUUGUGGUGUUGUGGCAAGCCAUCUACCAAAAUAUCUUUCUCAUCAAUAACAGUAAUAUCAAAUAAUCUAGAAAAAUUGAAAAAACAUAUUCCAUUAGAAUUCAAUAGGAAACCUCGAUCACUAAAUGAAGUCAGAAGAUGGAAAGCAACAGAGUUCCGCCAAUUCCUAUUCUAUACAGGACCUUUAGUUUUGAGGGGGAUUUUGGCUGGUGAUAGAUAUCAAAAUUUUUUAGUGCUACAUGUUGCUGCAACAAUUUUAGCAAAUUCAAAACACUUUGAUAAGAUCGAUUAUGCUUCAUCUCUUUUUGAAUAUUUCGUAGAAACUUUUAAUAUUCUUUAUGGUACUGAAAAUAUUUCACAUAAUGUUCAUAACCUAUUGCAUAUUACAACAGAUGUCACAAACCACGGCCCCCUUGACGAUUUUAGUGCUUUCAAGUUUGAAAAUUUUCUUCAAUCAAUUCUCAAGUCAAUUAGGAAAAGCGAAAAACCUCUACAACAAAUAAUCAAACGACAAAGUGAAAGAAAUCAUCAAUCCACAAAUUCUAGUAUAAUGAAAAAGUUUCCUAUUUGUACACAUAAAGAUGAACACUUUGAGGGUCCAACAUUAAAGAUGAACAUUUCAAAGCAAUUCAAAAAAAUAAUCUUCGAACAUUUCACUUUGAGAAUAAAUGAACCUGACAACUGCUGUUUUCUUGAUUGUGGAUUUGUCAUCCUGAUUCAAAAUAUAGUGGUUAUCGGACGGGAGCGUAAAAUAAUUGGUAAUAGAUUCUUGUCUUUAACUGAUUUCUAUGAAACUCCUUGCAAAUCGUCUGAGUUAGGUAUAUUUUUAGCAAAACCAGAUCUUGGGCCGUUGGAAAUUUUUGACUUGAGACAAAUUUCAUUCAAAUGUGUCAAACUAAUAUAUAAAAAUGAUUUCGUUAUUUUUCCACUACUUCACACUGAUAUUUCAAGUUUAUGUGAUAACUAA